GUCGGCAUCACGAUUCUCUAUAUAAGAAGCACCAAUUCUCGCUUCUCGCCUGUGAAACUGUUAAUUCUACAUUCUAGAACUGUAGUCUCUUCCCCGCUCGUGAUAAUACCUAUAGAUCCAUUCUCUUUCCAUCCUACCGCCAAGUACCAAAGAAACAAUGUCUGGUCGUCUGGCUACAUAUGACACUGCCAACGAGGGCCGUCUGCCCACGUACGGCAAGCUUCUUUUCGAGGCCAAGACAGCCAAGGCUGUAACCUUUGAGCAGCUUGCUCAGCUUACCGGCCGCACCGAGGUUGCAAUUGCUGCGCUCUUCUAUGGCCAGACAACCGCCACGCCCGAGGACGUUGACAAGCUUAGCGAAGCCCUCGAUAUUCCCCGCGAAGUCCUAGCGCAGCAGCUGCUGGGCUUCCCCAACCGCGGCCAGGCUGGACCGAUGCCACCCACAGAGCCCCUCAUUUACCGUCUCUACGAGAUUGUUCAGAACUACGGCUACGCCUUCAAGGCGGUCCUCAAUGAGAAGUUCGGCGACGGUAUUAUGAGUGGAGUCAACUUCACUACCAAGGUUGAGGCAGAGGUUGAUGAGACUGGUGCCAAGUGGGCCGUUAUCACGCUAAGAGGCAAAUGGCUUGACUUCGCUCGCUUCUAAACCCGUAAUGACCAUAUUUAUAUACUUAUCACUGCUUUUGUAAAUUAAUGAAUAGUUUAGGCGGAUGUGUAAUUUUUUAAAUAAAAAUGGAAGAGACAAGGCGAUUACAGCCACUGCUUGGGCAUCCGA